UUCAGAUGGAGGAGAUGAAGUAGCAGCGGCAGCAGUCGACCGACAGAGGAACAACAGCGACUGUGCCGAGGAUCUGGAGGUUUUUCUUCAGGGGGGACAGCAGGUGACACAGCUAAACCGAGCGAGCCUGCGCCUCCACACCGGUGGUGGAGACGUUUCACCUCCUUCUUCCCUCCAGCGACAUCCCUCCGAUUACCACAAUACAUGCAUUUCGAUACUACCUGCCUCUGAAUCUGAUUGUCUGAGUCAAGAUGGAAAAUGCGCACACAAAAUCGGCGACCGAAGUUUUAGACAACUUCGGCGUGAACGAGAACACUGGGCUGACUCUGGAGCAGGUCAAAGUCAGCGUGGAGAGAUAUGGACCGAACGAGCUCCCGGCUGAAGAAGGCAAGUCCCUGUGGGAGCUGGUGGCCGAGCAGUUUGAAGACCUCCUGGUCAGGAUCCUGCUGCUCGCCGCCUGCGUUUCCUUCGUGCUGGCUCUGUUUGAGGAGGGAGAGGAGACGACCACAGCCUUCGUCGAGCCGAUUGUUAUCCUUCUCAUCCUCAUUGCCAACGCAGUUAUCGGGGUCUGGCAGGAGCGCAAUGCUGAGAGCGCCAUCGAAGCCCUGAAAGAGUACGAGCCAGAGAUGGGCAAGGUGUACCGCAUGAACCGCAAGGCUGUCCAGAGGAUCAAAGCCCGAGAACUCGUCCCAGGCGACAUAGUGGAGGUGGCAGUUGGUGACAAGGUGCCUGCUGACAUCCGAGUGACCUCUAUAAAGUCCACCACCCUGCGAGUGGACCAGUCCAUCCUCACAGGGGAGUCUGUGUCCAUCAUCAAACACACUGACCCUGUUCCUGACCCCAGAGCUGUCAACCAGGACAAGAAGAACAUGCUGUUUUCUGGCACCAACAUCGCUGCAGGCCGGGCCAUAGGUGUCGUCAUUGCCACCGGCGUGACCACAGAGAUCGGCAAAAUCCGUAACCAGAUGGCGGCGACGGAGCAAGAGAAGACCCCUCUGCAGCAGAAGCUGGACGAGUUCGGACAGCAGCUCUCCAAGGUCAUCUCCCUGAUCUGCGUCGCCGUGUGGGUGAUCAACAUCGGCCACUUCGGAGACCCUGUCCACGGCGGCUCCUGGGUCAGAGGAGCCAUCUACUACUUUAAAAUCGCCGUGGCACUGGCGGUGGCCGCCAUCCCCGAGGGCCUGCCCGCUGUUAUCACCACCUGCCUCGCCCUCGGCACGCGUCGCAUGGCCAAGAAGAACGCCAUCGUCCGCAGCCUCCCCUCUGUGGAGACCCUGGGCUGCACCUCCGUUAUCUGCUCUGACAAGACGGGCACCCUCACCACCAACCAGAUGUCUGUUUCCAAAAUGUUCGUCGUUGACAAGGUGGAAGAUUUAAACUGCACCCUUCAUGAGUUCUCUAUAACUGGUUCUACAUAUGCCCCUGAGGGACAAAUACUGAAAGGAGACAGGCCUGUCCAAUGUGGAGACUAUGAUGGACUUUUGGAGUUGGCCACUGUUUGCUCCAUGUGCAAUGACUCUUCACUGGACUUCAAUGAGGUCAAAGGUGUUUAUGAGAAGGUGGGUGAAGCCACAGAGACGGCUCUCACCACCCUGGUGGAGAAGAUGAACGUCUUCAAGACUGAUGUCUCCGGUCUGAGCAAGGUGGAACGUGCAGGAGCCUGCAACUCGGUGAUCAAACAGCUGAUGAAGAAGGAGUUCACCCUGGAGUUCUCCCGUGACCGCAAGUCCAUGUCCGUCUACUGCACACCAGUCAAGCAGGGCUCCCAGAGCAAGAUGUUCAUCAAGGGUGCUCCAGAGAGUGUGAUCGAGCGGUGUAAGUACCUGCGAGUGGGGACGGGAAAGGUUGCGCUGACACAAACCCUGCGGGAGCAGCUAUUGUCUAGGAUCAGGGACUGGGGGACAGGCAGGGACACCCUGCGCUGCCUGGCUCUGGCCACUCAUGACACCCCACCACGCAAAGAGACCAUGGACUUGGAGAAUUCCAACAAGUUUGCAGAGUAUGAGUUGGGUCUCACGUUUGUUGGCUGCGUUGGCAUGCUGGACCCGCCCAGGAAGGAGGUGGUCGGCGCCAUUAAACUGUGCAACGAGGCCGGCAUUCGCGUCAUCAUGAUCACGGGAGACAACAAGGGCACAGCCGUGGCCAUCUGCAGGCGAAUCGGCAUCUUCGGGGAGGAGGAGGACGUGACGGGAAAGGCCUACACGGGCCGCGAGUUCGACGAUCUUGCACCGGACGAGCAGAGAGAAGCCGUCAAAAGGGCGCGGUGCUUCGCCCGCGUCGAGCCGGCUCAUAAGUCUAAGAUCGUCGGAUUCCUGCAGUCAUUCGAUGAGAUCACUGCCAUGACAGGAGAUGGUGUGAACGACGCCCCGGCCCUGAAGAAAGCAGAGAUCGGCAUCGCCAUGGGCUCGGGGACUGCGGUAGCCAAGUCGGCGUCUGAGAUGGUGCUGUCUGACGAUAACUUCUCCACCAUCGUGGCUGCCGUGGAGGAGGGCAGAGCCAUCUACAACAACAUGAAGCAGUUCAUCAGAUACCUCAUCUCCUCUAACGUGGGGGAGGUCGUCUGCAUCUUCCUAACCGCCAUCCUGGGUCUCCCCGAAGCUUUGAUUCCAGUGCAGCUGCUGUGGGUUAAUCUGGUGACCGACGGCCUGCCCGCCACCGCCCUGGGCUUCAACCCUCCAGACCUGGACAUCAUGGACAAACCACCCCGCAACCCAAAGGAGCCUCUCAUCUCUGGCUGGCUCUUCUUCAGAUACUUGGCUAUUGGAGGAUAUGUGGGUCUUGGAACGGUGGGCGCUGCUACAUGGUGGUACCUGUAUGAUGAAGAUGGCCCAGAAGUUACUUUCUAUCAGCUGAGACAUUUCAUGCAGUGUACUGAGGACAACCCCAUGUUCAAAGGCAUAGAAUGCGAGGUGUUUGAAUCCCGCUACCCCACAACGAUGGCCCUGUCUGUGCUGGUCACUAUUGAAAUGUUCAACUCACUCAACAGUUUGUCUGAGAACCAGUCUCUGAUCAGGAUGCCUCCCUGGGUCAACAUUUGGCUGCUGGGAGCCAUCAUCCUCUCCCUCUCCCUCCACUUCCUAAUCCUCUAUGUGGAGCCUCUGCCGCUGAUCUUCCAGGUGACCCCCCUGCACUGGCAACAGUGGAUCGUGGUCUUGAAGAUUUCCAUUCCGGUCAUUCUCCUUGAUGAGGUGCUGAAAUAUUUCUCCAGGAACCAUCUAGAAGUUGAUGAUGACAAGAAAUAUCGGAGGAGAUGGAAGCAGAACUAAGACCUCUCCCUAAACACACUCACUCAGUUAGACACACGCUCCCCCUCUUCCCUUUACGAGCUAGGAAAUCUCUCCUCUCCCAAUGUCCUCGUUCCCCCCCCCCCGACUCCUGCAUGUCCGUCAGACCACCACUAGAGAUGAGCAGGGUUUGCAUGAGUGCAAGAAAAAGCGAGCGUGUGUGUGUUCCUGCGAGCAUGGCUUUGUACAAGUGUGUGAGAAGUUGAAUAGCGUGUGUGUGUGUGAGAACAGGCAUAUGCAGGUCUGUCUUUAGCUGUGAGAUUGAGAAACAACUGCAAAAAAAGGGGGAAAAAAUAGAUAAACUGCCCAGGGCUCUUUUGCUUUUAAAGUUUUCUGCUCAUUGUUUUUUCUUUUUUGACUGUACAGUUAAAAACAUAGUGGUGCAGUAACUGGACUUUGGGGAGGGAUGGAUUUUAUUAAUAGUGGGUCGGAGGGGAGUGGGUUUAAAAUCGGCACAGCGACUGAAAGAGAGAUGGAGAUGGUGAAGCCCGCAGUGGAGAAGAGACCGGUGUACGCACUGGCCAGAGAAGAACAUCGGCAAGAAUUUUAGAUCAGUGAAGAGAGCCAUCAUACGUGUGUGUCCAUAGGAGUGUUGUAUUUCAUGGUACCCCCCCCCCCCCCCCCUCCCAGCCUCCGGCCACUCACACCACUGGCGGUGGAUUUCCAGCUGUGCAGGAGCACGGCAUCAUCAGCCGAACACAAUCGUAUUUUUGGCCUAAUCUGCUCCAGCUCUGCUCCUUCAACGCCCUUUGCUCUCACCGCAUAAGAACUCCCGUUGAUUGUAUUUCAUGCAGACUUGCUCUCCUUUUGCCCGUCUUGCUCUCUCGCUUUAUCGCUCUCUGUCGAGGUGGCAGCUGUUGGCCCGCCCCCUCUCCCGGGGGUCAUGAUGUUAACCUGGCUCACGAGCCGGGGUGUGGAGGUGUCGACCCCCCCUCACCCACCACCACCAGCUAAAGGUGUGAAUAGCUUUAGGCUUCCUCCGGCUCUUUCUUUUCGAGGUGCUGAGGUCAGCUCACACAACAAACCAACACAAAAACAAAAGGAAAAUUUAAAAAAAUUAAACGAUGUUAGUAGUGGAGUUGUCAGCCUCACUUUGACAUCCAUCUGCUGAGCUGUCAGACAUCUAAAGGUGGACCUGAGCAUUUUGUGCAGAAUACCUUACAGUACAAAACCAUGUACCGUUAAUUUCAAGUUAGUUAUUUCAAACCCUGCAGCAGUGCUAAGAUGUUUGUGUGUAUGCGUGUGUUUGUGUGUGCAAGCCUUACUUGAAUUGAUUUGACUCGACAGGAUUUUCAGUCACGGUAGAUGUAGAUAAAGUAAGUUUAGAAAAAUGACAACUGCUUGAUUGUCUCGCUUAUGUACUCGACACAUCCAGCAUCCAUGCCUUAUACAGCUCACUGCACCUCCACAUUGAAUAUGUGGUCCAAAUGAAUGUGUUCCUGCUAUCGCCUUUAAUUACCUUUGUCCUGCCGCCACUCCUGACAGUGAUAACAGACUCUGAAUGUCCUCCUGGACUGAGGCGUGUUCAAUAGGAAAAUAUUUUUUCUUAUCGUUUUUUUCUCUCUCUCUCGUGCUUUGUGCGCUGCUCCCUCAGCUCCUCCUGCUUUUCCAGUGCUUUAGCGCUCCUUCACUUGGGUAUUGUUUUGUAAUUAAUAAAUAAUAAUGUAUUUGACUGAAUGAACCCACGGUGGUGUGGAUUGUGUCUCAAAGUCUUAAUUAAGGGUUUUGUGUUGGGCCCUGGUGGUCUGUGGACUGGGUCGGGGGGGGGGGGGGGGGGGGUUCUUGGUCUUACUUUGCCUCCGCACCGGAGAGGAGAGUGUGUGCACAUUUAAAAAAAAAAAAGUUGUAAAGGUGCUGGAUGAAAAAUAGGAAAAAUAUCUCACUGCAUCAACUGCUUCCUGUGUAGUUCAUUUGAUCAUAGACGUCUAAAGUUGUGAUUAUUAGUUCUUUACAGUAAAUAUUAUUUUGCUGGUCACACAAAACAGGACAUUGUGCUCAGCUAUAUGACAACAGGCAUUUUCACAGUUUUUCUAUGGUGAUUUGGUUGAUAAGGUUGAUUUACUGAGAAAAGAAAAGGGGCUGCAAGGAAUAUGUAAUGGCCCUGCUUAACCGCAGUUGAAGCCUCAUGUAGAUCUGGACAAUUCAUUUUUUAAGUUAUCAAACCAGGAGUUAUUGACACAGUGUGCAGACCUUUACUCUUUUUCUGACCUAUUUUUUGUUUCCAGUCCUUAUUUCCAUAAGCGGUGCUCAUUUCACGGUUUAAAAUCUAGGCAAAUUCAUUCUUAAAAUCUUCGACAGCCUGAUAUUGCUUACAGUACAUUCUAUUUAGUCGUUUUGUGAUUUUCUUACAUCAGGAGAACUAGCCUAACAUUUUGGUGUGACAUCAUGGAGUCCAGAUAUUUUCACAUCCAUCUGGGAACGAUAAACGACAACACAUCCCCAGAAACAAAUACCCUGAUCUGAAAUACUUUGAACAGCACCAAUAACCUAGAGUCAGGAUUAAAAUGUGGACUUAUUCCUUUAAUGUUAUUCCAGAAGCUGUUUUUUUAUUAUACUUGCCAUAAAACAGUGGUGACUUUUUCAAUUCAUUAUUAUUAUUAUUAUUAUUAUUAUUAAUAUUAUUUUCACCACUGAGACAAUGUGGCACCUCUGUUCCCACCAGCAGACCACCCGUCCCUGUCCCAGCUCUCCAUGAAUCUGUAUCAUUCUGGCACUAUAGGUCUGUAUAGCCUUGUUCUUUACUACUGAAUCCUCAACUCUGUACAGAAGAGGAUAAUAUGAUCGCAUGGAACCCUUUUACUGUAAUAAUAACCUAUACAGCAUAUAAUAAUUUUACUUUUUUGAUAACUUUCGUCAUUGACAUCAACUCACCGACCAGAGAGACUUCCAAAAAAAAAAACAUUCUUUAUUUUUGCUUUGUGCACGUUUUUCUUUUAUUUUUUUUUGUUGAAUAUUAAAGCUGUUUCUUCAUUGUUCCCGUUUGGUUUUUACAGUUUCUGGGGUUUUGUGUCUAUUACUGUAGGGAUAAAAGAAUCUGACGUUAUCAUGUUAAAGAUAGACAAGAAUCACGCUUACGCUAAUCAAUGAUGAGGACGCUGAUCUUUUCAGUGAUAAUUGUCCAGUGUGAGAAUGUUCAGGAGCUUGUGAAAGAACUGUGUCUGGUUUACACCGAUCCGAUAAGCAGUGAUGAUUCCUGGCUUAUGAAGUUUUACAACUGUACAUUGAAGGGUUUGGUGUGGAUGCAGGCUCUGGAGACCUGCGACAAUCCAGCAUGGUUCUCAGUCAAUCUACCAUCAAUAAAUCAUUAACCCCCCCUCACUAACAGUGUAGGAGUGAUCAGUUUCAUAUCAGUAACAUCUAAAUAGUAUAGUUCCUUUUGUCUUUGUCUGUACAGACAAGUAAACAGUCUCUAGAGCCUGAGUUCCACCUCUGAGAAAUUAAAAGGAUUCUCUGUAUUGCCUUGUUAAUAUUAAUUGUGGACACAUAAUUUUAUAAAUGACAAAGACGUGGAAAUAAAGAUUAUUUAUCUUGUUAUUUA